CAUCACUACAUAAUAAACUUCACUACACAAACCAUAAUAAUUAGUCACAAAUAUAUAUCCAAAACGACAUGGAACAUGGUGUGGUGGUGGUGAUGGUGCCUUUUGUAGCACAAGGUCAUCUCAACCAGCUCCUCCACCUCUCUCGUCUUCUUUCUUCUUAUAAUCUUCCGGUUCACAUCGUUGGAACCACGACGCACAACCGCCAAGCUAAGCUUCGCGUUCAUGGUUGGAAUCAUACUUGUAAUACAAAUAUUCAUUUCCAUGAAUUCCAAACACCAGAGUUCGAGUCUCCUUCCCCUAACCCUAACACAAAAUUUCCCUCACACCUUAUGCCCUCAUUUAAAGCAUCAUCUCGUCUUCGUGAACCUUUUGCAAAACUAUUAGAAGAAAUAUCCCGCGUUGCAAGACGAGUCGUGGUGGUUCAUGACUUUCUAAUGAGCACCGUUGUUGUUCAAGACGUGGUUUCGUUUGCCAACGUGGAAUCCUACGCGUUUCAAUGUGCAUCCGCGUUUACAACUUUUUCUUAUGAUUGGGAAGAGAAAAGAAAGCCAUGUUUAGAUGAUGAUGUUGAAUCAUAUAUGCAACUCAAGAAAAUUCCUAGUCUUCAAGAUUAUGUACCCCCGGAUUUCCUUGAAUUUGUUUAUUCGAAUAUUGAAUGCCAAAAGUUAAAUUCAGGAAAUAUUCAUGAUUCUUGUAAAGUUAUUGAUGGCAAGUUCAUUGAUUUACUUUCAAAAGAAGGAAUUUGUGGUAGUACAAAGAAUUGGGCAAUGGGUCCUUUUAAUCCAGUUUCUAUAGACAACAAUUAUUUAAACACUACUAGUAAACGUCAUAGUUCACUUGUGUGGCUAGAUAAGCAAGGUCAAGACUCGGUGAUAUACGUUUCGUUUGGGACGACGACUUCUCUAUCCGAUGAGCAAAUUCAUGAACUUGCUAUUGGAUUAGAGAAAAGUGGACAAAAGUUCAUUUGGGUACUAAGAGAUGCCGAUAAAGGUGAUAUCUUUAAAAGUAGUAGUGAAGUUAGGAGAAUUGAAUUGCCAAAAGGUUUUGAAGCAAAAGUUGAAGGUAAAGGCUUAGUGAUUAGGGAAUGGGCACCGCAGUUGGAAAUAUUGGCUCACCCUGCGACUGGUGGAUUUAUGAGUCAUUGUGGUUGGAAUUCGAGUAUGGAGAGUAUCACAAUGGGAGUUCCAUUAGCUACAUGGCCUAUGCAUACUGACCAACCAAGAAACGCUAUAUUGAUAACGGACGUGCUAAAGAUUGGUGUAAGCGUAGGGAUUUGGAAGCAUCGUAAUGAGCUAGUAACGUCUUCAACUAUAGAAGAAAGUAUUCGAAAAUUGAUGGCUUCUGAUGAAGGAAAUGAGAUGAGGAAGAGGGCUGCUAAACUUGGUGAUGAUGUUAGGAAAUCGGUUGAAGAUGGUGGUGUUACUCGCAUGGAGAUCGACUCAUUUGUUUCUCACAUCAUAAGAUGAUUAAUAAGAACUUUGCCAAUAUUACAGUGACAAAUUAAAUGAGCUUCGAUCAUUAAGUUACUGUGAGUACAAUUAGCAGGUUGCUAAUUAGUCAAAUAUUGUACCAUAAAUUCUCAAAAAAAUAACUCUCUUAUUGCUCAACUAUACAUUUGAUUGAAUCAUACAAUAGAA